AUGACUACCUCGAGUUUGUCCAGAGAUUUUCGUAAGAUAAACAUCGAGCAGUACGAGGAAGACUUUUACGAGGACGAAAUUGUUGAUAAUGGAGCAAGAGGGCCGGAUAUGAAUCAAGUUCAGUCAUUUAUUAGUGCCGGAAAACCACAGGAUGCACUCAAGGUUGCUCUUCAAAAUGCACCAACUUGCGUUAAUAAUCCACAGACGAAAAAAACUGCUGCUGAGAUCGUUGUAAGAGCCUUGACGAGCCACAAAAACUCUCAAAUUCAACCAUCAGUGGAUAGUUUGACUCCGGACGAGCUGGAUAUCCUUAUGAAGUACAUUUACAAAGCAUUUUCGCUGAAUCAAGACUCGAACACCUGCGCUAGCCUCCUUCAAUGGCAUGACAAAGUUCACACGAAAGCCGGCUCAGGAGCGAUCGUCCGUGUUCUUGCUGAUCGAGAACGGCUUUAA